UUCCAUCACCCGCCAUUAGAGACCUUUCCGAGCUCCUCUCCCAUGGCUUCGUCUCGUAACCUCUUCCUCGCCCUCUUCUUUCUCAUUUAAUCGAAUUUACUCUCUAUCCGCUUCGUCUGCGUAGCCAUGGUGUCGCUCGCCGACUCUCAGCUCGCUGCUUCCCCGGCCCCGCGCGGCUCCUCGCCGUCGUCGUCGUCGUCGUCGUCCUCGCCUCGCGCCCACCGCUCUCUCGGCCGGUCCAUGCGGACCGUCCGGUCGAAGUUCGUCAGGGCCGACCCGUACCUGCCGCCGCCCGGUUCGCCGGCGGCGUCGGAGGGGCUCACGGACUCCGCCGUCGACGUGCGGCUGCGGGAGCUCGCCGCGGCGAAAUCGGCGGAGGCGGAGGCCGCGGCGGCGCCGGAGGAGCUGCUGGAGAUCUCCCGCGGCUUCUCCGACUACUCGAGCUUCAGCUCCGACAUCUCGGGCGAGCUCGAGCGCCUGGCCUCGAUCCCGCCGGGCCCGGCGCCGGGCCCGGGAGAUAGGGAGCCGGAGCUAGGGUUAGGGUUAGGGUUAGGGGCCUCAGGGCUGUGGGAGGACGACUCUUCGACGGAGCUGCGGGAGCUGAUCGGGGGCGCGGGGGCGAUCCCGGCGCUGGUGCCGCUGCUGCGGAGCGCGGACCCGGCGGCGCAGGAGAGCGCGGCGACGGCGCUGCUGAACCUGUCGCUGGCGGAGGCGAACCGCGCGGCGAUCGCGGGCGCGCCGGGCGGGAUCAAGGGCCUGGUGCACGCGCUGCGCACGGGCACGGCGGCGGCGAAGCAGAACGCGGCGUGCGCGCUGCUGAGCCUGGCCAUGGCGGAGGAGCACCGCGCGGCGGUGGGCGCGAGCGGGGCCGUGCCGGCGCUGGUGGCGCUGAUGGUGGGCGGGUCGAGCCGCGGGAAGAAGGACGCGCUCACGGCGCUCUACAAGCUCUGCGCGCUGCGGCGGAACAAGGAGCGCGCCGUGAGCGCCGGGGCGGCGGCGCCGCUGGUGCGGAUGGUGGCGGAGCGCGGCGGGGGCACGGCGGAGAAGGCGAUGGUGGUGCUGGCCAGCCUGGCGGGGAUUCCCGAGGGGAGCGAGGCGAUCGUGGCGGCCGGGGGCGUGGGCGCGCUGGUGGAGGCCGUGGAGGACGGGCCCGCGAGGGGGCGGGAGCUCGCCGUCCACGCCCUGCUGCAGCUCUGCGCCGACUGCCCGCAGAACCGCGCGCUGCUCGUCCGGGAGGGCGCCAUCCCGCCCCUCGUUGCGCUCUCGCAGUCCGCCGCCGCCUCCGCCCGGGUCAAGCAUAAGGCUGAGAAGCUUCUUGGGUAUCUGCGCGAGCAGCGGCAAGAGGGAGUAGAGGCGACGGCGACGCCUUAGCUUUGCGCGAGUUGAUGAUAAUAAUAAAACAACAAACCUUCCUAGCUCUUUUUCUAUAACCUUAACUUCAUAUAUAUAUAUAUAUAUGGUUUCCAUUUUGCAAUGAGGAGAUCCUGCAGUUUCUGUGAACCUGAAAGAAAACAAGGUACUGUUUAUUCUGUAUUUACUAGUUGUGAAUAUUAGGUAGGAUAAUACAUAUAUAUAUACAAGGUUUGUGGUGAGGUAGUGUAGGGGCUUUUGUGUGAAUAUUAUAUACUUAUAAUGGCUUCGUUAAUUGUAAAUGUCUCAUGGCUAUGGCGCCACUAACGUGACUAUUCUGGUCGCCCCACUACCACAGUAUGUUGUGUUUGGAUUGGAUUGGAAUUUGUAAGAUAUUUGCUGUAAGUAAUUUUGGUCACCUAUUAAAUGUUAUUUUGUUGAGCUAUUAAUGUA